UAUCUAGCUCCAUGUUCAACGAGACAACAUAUUCAUAUGGAAUAUUAUGAAAACAUUAAGCACCAAGACAAACACUAGGAGAAUUUAUAUUUUAUCUUAAGUUUUUUAGGUGCGGGUAUUGGCUAAUGUAGUCUAUUUAACCUUUUUUUUAAAUAAAGAAUUCAUUGGAGACUAAAAAAACCCAAAACCUAGAAUUCUAUAGUUCUCAAACCACCGCAUCGCCAUUUUGCACCGUUCACCGGAAGAAACAGAGAGCACCAUUAAACUCCUCUCCUCAAGACCUUUCGUUUCAUCCUAGCUCCUCCACUGUCCCGUCUCCGCUUCCACCGUCGUCCUUCUUCCGUUGCGGUUCCGUCCGAAUCGAUGCAGGGUCCUUCUCAGAGAUGGGGCUACAUUCGAAUCAUGUCCGGCACAAUCUUCGGAGGUAUCCUCGGUUUCUAUGUUAUGCAUCGUGUUGAGAUUAGUUACAAGGAGAAAAUGAAUGAAAGGCUGAGAAAUUAUGAAGCUGAAUUGAAAAGAAGGAGGGAAGAGAAACUUAAUGAGUUUGAGAUUGAGGAAUCAUCUAAGUUUUGAACUUUGAUUCCAUAUUGUAACAUUUCUCUAUCUGCUUUCAAGUUUUGAGAAAAUUGGAUCAAAUUGUUUCAAUUGCCAUAAGCAGUAGCAGCUUCUGCAUUCACAGUGAAACUGUCAAAGGUGUUAGUUAGUUAAACCUUCCACCUAAGAUCUAUUGUGCUCUAUGAAAAAGUGAUGCAUAGAAUAUCAAUAUGGGUUUUUUGUUUGAGUAUUAUGGUGAAUUGGUGAUUGAAUGUGUUUGAAUCUGUUUAUUUUGUGAAAGAAUGAAAUUGCUGCUGA